UUUAUCCAUAUUCUUUUACCCUGUCCUCUUUCAUGGACUUCUGGUUGCAUGUUAAUGAUUAGUUGUAUACCCUGUCCGUUGCAUUGUUUGUUUCAGUAUGAUAGCGAUUUGUCUUUGGGGCUUCUAUUCCAUUUUCUGAGUUUCGGAAUGGAAAAGGCGGCACCUUUGUUUUCUUUGAAUGCAUAUACUGAUUUUUUCUGUAUUUCUUUUACUGCAAGCGUUGCUUCAGUGGAUAGGGAAUGAUAAUUGAUUCAUAGAAACUUUCUUUCUCCCCCUUUCUUUCUCACUCUCUUUUUUUAGAGAAGAUAAUGGAUGAAAAUUGGUUCUUUUCUGGUUGCACUAGAUUUUUCUUGGUAGUUGCUGAUUUUUUUUAAAAAAGAGCAAAUUUAUGUAUAAGUUUCUUGUUGAUUGGAGAUUUUAAUACAGGUUUUUAUAGUACAUGUACAAGUUGUUUGUUGAAUUGGAGAUUUAAAUACAGUUUUUUAUCUUUUAUUUUCAUAAGAAUUGCUUUUUUAUAUGGCCAUACUCAUUCCACUAUAGAUAUGGGGCAACAAUGGAUCAUUUAGCAUUGAAUUUUGAACUAUAUUGACACUAUGCCUUUUUAAUGGAAAUAUCUGACAAUUAGGUUUUCUGGAAGCUCUUUUAUUGUUUGCUAGAAUUGAUGUCACGUUACCCAUGUAACUAAAUUUGAUUCCUUGCUGCAUUUAGGAAAAAAUUAUGCAGUUCAAUCAACUGUUGGCUUUUUAGUACUGGGAUAGUGGAAACUUUACAUCGUGUGGUUUCAACAUGUAAGGAAACCAAUUAGUCCCAUGUCUAGUUAGCUCCUACUUGCUUGAAGGCAGCACCAUUAUCAUGUCCCAUAGAAUUGUAGAAAAUUGAAUUCGGGCAAUCUGGUUUUAGACUAACGGCUUGAAUUUUCAAAUAUGAUGUUUCAUACUUUUUUCAUAGACCUUUGAAUUUAAAUAUCAAGGUGUGAACAGAUUCUUUUGUUUACGGAUUACUUUCUUUACCAAUUUCAAAAGAACAGAGGUGUCGAUCGAUGAAAAGGAGCAAACUGAAGUAGUUACAAUACCAAAUGGAGAAUCAAAUAUAGUAUAAGAAUGCUAUAUCCCCAACCCCAAAUUGACUUGAAUUUUAUGGCGGACUAGGACUCAGCAUCCAAAACUUUAUAACUGGGAUAUCACAUAGUCCGGAAAGUAAUGAAGAUAUCUUGAAUUUCCUCAAAGGCAUCCUCUGAACUUCCCGAGUUAGGACUUGUCCUGCUUCCCCUGCAAAUCACUAUCAGUGGAUCUGUGAAAGACCAAGAGACAGAAUGUGAGGAUAUUUGUUAUCCAACCAAGGUGAGCUUUGGUCCUAACUUCCAAAGAAGCCAUUGGUCCUGAUCAAGCCAGGACACCACACAAACAUCAUCCAAAAUCAGACCCUCCAUGAAAUCAGAGGUUUACCUGAGAUAGAGUCAGGGGUUAAAGCCUGAAUGAAGAACAGGGGCAUCACUGUGAUGAUUGCAAUCCAUAUAAGAAGUGACUUUCACAUCAGAGUUUUGCUUGAGUAACACUGGAAGGAUGCCAUCUAAGUACCCAGUUCUUGGCAAUCGGCCACUUGAACAAUGGAAAGUGACAGAAUUGAAAGAUGAACUUCGGAGACGUAAUAUCAUAACUAAGGGUUUAAAGGAGGAUUUACUGAAGCGGUUGUCGGAAGCAAUUCUAAAUGAUGAGAACUGUUCAGGAAAAUGUGGGCGAUGGCUUGGAUACUGAAGUUGUUCCUCAGGUUCAGCAGAAUGAUGAGGAGCUGACAGAUUUGGGAAAUGCACAGUAUAUCAACCAGGUGAAAAUGAAGCUAAAAAGAACACUAUUGAGUGCAUCAUAGGUGAUACUGAAACUAAGGAUAAGGAUACCACAAUGGUUGACAAUGAUAACAGCAAUGCCAUUCCCAAUCAAGGGGUUGAAGCUCAAGAUUGUGAAUUGACUGAUUCUAUGAAAAUUGAGACCUCUGAAUUUAUGGUUACAUUUCCAACAGGUUCUACAGAAGUCAGCAUUUCGGUCAGUCAUAGCCCUGUUAAACAGAUAGAAUCCGUUGAGAAACAGUCUAGUCAUGAAAGUCUGAAAGAAGACAAGGCAUCAAAGAGUCCCAACAAAAGCGAGGAGCCCAACCUUGUAAACCGGAUAGAGUCCAUUGACAAAGAGUGCAAGCAUGAACGUGUGAUAGAAGGUGAGGCAUCCAGGUGUCGUAUCAAAAGUGAGGAGCCCAACCUUUGCAACCCAAAUUCUCAGGUAUCUGAAACGGGUCCCAACAAAAGUGAGGUGCCCAACCUUGUAAACCAGAUAGAGUCCACUGACAAACAGUGUAAGCAUAAACCUGUGAUAGAAGAUGAGGCAUUCCGGAGUCCUAUCAAAAGCGAGGAGCCCAACCUUUUCAACCCAAAUUCUCAGGUAUCUGAAAAGUUCAGCCCUAUUUCAGGGGUUCUGCUAAAGUGUGAUUCUGUUUCUAGCGAUUCUGUGUCAAUUAAUGAAAAUGAAAAGAAUGAACUAAAGGAUAAUUUGAAUGCUGAUAAUUUACAUUUAGAAUUAGAAGUUAGUAAUCCAGAGGGGGCCUACAAAUCAUCCACUGAAGUACCUCCAGUUGGUGGUUCUUUGGAUGGUCAAGAGCCAGGUGUGUAUCAGCGCUCUAUGGAGAUUGAUGAGACCCUUGCUGCUAGUACCCAUGCAGACCUUAUCAAGAAAGUUGAUAGUGCAGAUGGUGGUUCUUCUAAAAAACUGAAUUUAGAUAGAAGUUCGGGGGAUGAAUCACUGGAGGAUGAUGGAUUAGAGAGUAAACAAAGUGAUGUUAUUUAAAAUACUGUUGAAGUCAGAGACAAGGAUGGAGUAUCAAAAUUGUGUCCAAUAAAAGAGGACAUUGCUGUUGUUGCUGCUGUGGCUGAUUCCUCUCCAAAUGAGAAGAAUGUUAUUGUAGACAGAAGCAAUGACUCAGUGAAUAUUGGGGAGAAAAGAAAAAUUGAAGGUGAUCAGGAGGCACCCAGGGUCAAUGACCCUUCAAAGAGGCAGCGUAGGUGGAACUCGGAGCCACUCAGGGUAUCCGAAUCUCAAAUUCUCUUCGUUCUGCUCCUCCCCUUAGUAAUUCUUUUUCUGUGCCUAGAGAUAGAUUUUCAUCCUUGCCUAAGACCACGCUCAGUAAUCGCGACUCUCCCGAUGAUGGAGGUGCCCCUAAAGAUCGCAUUGUUCCUCCAUCGGAAAAGCCUGCAACUACUUCUUUGAGGAUUGACCAAUUCCUGCGUCCAUUCACUCUAAAAGCUGUUCAAGAGCUUCUGGCAAAAACUGGGAUUGUCUCUAAAUUCUGAUGGACCACAUCAAGACCCACUGUUAUGUCACUGUAUGUCUUUUUAUACAUAAAUACUCUCUCUCUCUCUCUCUCAAACACGCACUCUCUCCCUCAGCCAUAAAUUAUUAAAUAUCAUAUGCUUGGUGAUUGAAAAGAAUAAUAGUAACAAAAAAAAACGAUAAGGAAAAUGCCCUUUCAGGUUUCCAAUUCAGCUGCUUUUCUCUAAAUAGCUUUCAUGGGCUAUAGUGAAUCCUUUUCAUAUUAUUUUGUCAUUUUUUAAGGGAAAAUGAUUAAAAUACACCUAACUUAUCAACUAUUUAAAUCAAACGAAAUAGUUCAUCAUCAUCAUCUAAAUUUAUCUCAACUAUUUAAGGUUGUCCCAACUAUUUAGGAUUGGCUACAUGAAUCAUGUUCUGCCAUUUUGCUCAUAUGUUCAAGAUUCAUGAUAGGAUUUGGCAAAGUUUUGUGCUGGCUCCCUACCUAACACAACACUCCUCCUUUACCUGGGCUUGGGAUCGGCUUAGGACCAGCCAAGGCAGAAUUAUGUAAAAUCAAAAGAAAGAGGUACAAUAUUAAAUAGUUCAUCUCUUGAUAAAUUUCCCUUUUUUUAAUUAUGUGUUUUUAUUGUAGUAUUCAUCAGGGGAGGAAGCAAUGGCAAGUCGAAAUGCUCUCUACAGUCUACAGUAGCUUUCUAAUGGUGGCUGCUAUAUAUAUAUAUAUAUAUAUAUAUAUAUAUAUUUGUUAAUCCUGAACAGAUUAAGGUCAAAUUGAAACUCAAAGGGGAUGUUACUUUUGUGGGCUGCUUUUCUAUUUUAUGGAUGGGAAAUAACAUUUAGAGAUGAGAUAUAUGUUUGGUCUGUACAGCGAUGAGAUUCCUUGUUGUUUUAACCUUGUAUUUAGGGUCUAGAGGAGAGUGCACCAUCGUUAUAAACUUAAUUUGGCUAUUAUACCUCAAGAAGUUUGUCUUUGCCUUUCUGCCAGGCUUGUUUCUAUUACUCUACUAAGAGAUUAGGAGCUUUCAUGUAGAAGACCUUUGGGUUUUUGUAUGUGGAUGACUAUGGAAGUUGUAGUUUGGAGUAAAUGAUGUCAUCUUAUGUUGCAGGUUUAAUUACAAUGCCUAUGAAAAGAAAAAGAACUAAUCUAAUCGGAAAUGUUUUGUAAUUCUAUAAUAGGAAAAGUUUGUAUUAAGGAUGAGGCC